AUGAGCCCCCCCAAGCAGGCGCUGGCCGGCGCUAUCCGGGCCGAGGCCAAGCGGCACGAGGGGGUGAAGCAGCACCUGGCCAAGCUGGGGCGCCUGGCGGAGCGCGUGUCCGACCCCCAGCUCCGCGCCAGCCUCCAGAGGACCGUGGUCAGCCUCCGAGAGACCUUGGCCAGCAGCCAGGAAUGGACCCUCGGGCGCUCGGUCCCUGAGAUCCGGCUGGUAGGUGGGCAGUUCAAGAAGGAGGUGGUGGUGGAUGGGCAGAGUCACCUGCUGCUGAUCCGGGAAGAGGCGGAUGCCCCCGAUGCCAAGUUUGCUGGCUGGGUGGACGCGGUGGUUUUCGUCUUCAGCCUGGAGAAUGAGAGCAGCUUCCAGGAGGCAGCACAGCUCUAUGGACUCCUGGCCACCCACCGCAGCCCCGGCGACAUGGCCCUGGCACUCGUGGGCACCCAGGACAAGAUCAGCGCCUCGAACCCGCGGGCUGUGCCCGACUCCCAGGCCCAGACACUCUGCGCCGACAUGAAGCGCUGCCUCUACUACGAGACCUGUGCCACGUAUGGCCUCAACGUGGACCGGGUCUUCGUUGAAGUGGCACAGAAGGCCGUGGCCCUGAAGAAGCAGCAGCAGCUCCUGGCAUCCUGCAAGUCUCUGCCCAGCACCCCCAGCCACUCGGCCGGCUCCACCCCCGUGGGUGGGGUGCACCCGGGGCAGGCCAACAACGGGGGCCACACCAGCGACUACUCGUCCUCGCUGCCCUCCACGCCCAGUGUCAGCCACCGGGAGCUGCGGGGCGAGGCCACGGUUCCGGCCACGGCCACUCUGGGCACACCCAGCUCACUGCACCGGGGCGCCAAGCGCCGCACCAGCCUCUUUGCCAACCGCCGGGGCAGCGACUCGGAGAAGCGGAGCCUGGACAGCCGGGGGGAGGCAGGCAGCGGCCGCGCAAUCCCCAUCAAGCAGCGCAGCGGGAACUCACUGAACAAGGAGUGGAAGAAGAAAUACGUGACGCUGUCGAGCAACGGGCUCCUGCUCUACCACCCCAGCAUCAACGACUACAUUCAUAGCACCCAUGGCAAGGAGAUGGACCUGCUGCGCACCACGGUGAAGGUGCCUGGGAAGCGCCCGCCCCGCGCCAUCUCAGCCUGCGGCCCCUCUGCCAGCAUCAACGGCCUCGUCAAGGAUGUGCCCGUGCCCGAGGGUGCUGCCAGCGCGUCGCCCGCCACGCUGAGCCUCCCACCUGAGCCCAGGGGCGGGGGCAAGGACCGCACCCUGCAACCCGCCGCAGCCAAGCGCAAAAUGUGGAAGCUCAAAACCUUUGGUAGCUUAAGAAAUAUUUAUAAGACAGGUGCAACAGCCCAGAGUGAGGGAGUGGCCCUCUGCCUGGUGCCCUUGAAACAGGAGAAAAAUGCGACCACCUCUGGGGCCCGGAUGGACAGCCAGAGCGAGGCCGUGGCCAUCCAGGCCAUUCGCAACACCAAGGGCAACUCCCAGUGCGUGGACUGCGGGGCCCCCAACCCGACGUGGGCCAGCCUGAACCUAGGGGCCCUGAUCUGCAUCGAGUGCUCGGGCAUCCACCGCAACCUGGGCACGCACGUGUCGCGCGUGCGCUCGCUGGACCUGGAUGACUGGCCCUCGGAGCUGACGCUGGUGCUCACCACCAUCGGCAACGCCACGGCCAACGGCAUCUGGGAGGCACGGCCCCAGGGGCGCCGCAAGCCCACACCCGAUGCCUCCCGGGAGGAGCGGGAGGCGUGGAUCCGCGCCAAGUACGAGCAGCGCCUGUUUGUGGCGCCGUUGCCGGAGCCCACGGCCCCACUGGCCCCGCGGCUGCUGCAGGCGGCACAGGAGCAGGACAUGGGCACUGUGCUGCUGCUCCUGGCCCACAGCACCCGUGAGCUCGUCACCGCGGGCACUGGCGACCCCGACCGGCGCUCGGCCCUGCACGUGGCCUGCGACCUCGCCCACGUCGUCAUCACCCAACUCCUCGUCUGGUACGGCGCGGACGUGACGGCGCGGGACGGGCUGGGGCGCACGGCGCUGUACUACCCACCGGUGCCCACCGUGGCCAUGUACAGCAUUUGA